CCUAGGAUAUCUUGGUUUUGAACAAGACGAUCCCUAAGAAAUCAGAGGAGGGGUAUAGGAGUAAUUUCUAGAGAUUAAAUUUUUGAAGGCUAAAAAGGAAUAAAAGUACAUAAAAACAAUAAAAAUUAGGGUGACAAACGCUCCCCCACCUCACUUGUACCGCCGCCGACACCUGAUCAAUUCAUAGAAUGUAUCAACCAUAACCAAAAGAUCCAAACCAAAAAAGGAAAAAAAAAAGAACAUGAAUCAUUUAAUUGAUGAAGAAAUUAAAAAGAUCGAGCAAGUGCACCUUUAAUUAAAUUACCUGUUCCCUAGCACACUCAACAAGUCGCAUGAUGAUAUCAUCCUCCUCUUUGGUAAGACGAGCCUCGAGCCUAGCUAGUAUCUUACGGUCCCGAACCCCCAAGUGAUGCUUACGACGCCCGGCCAGUGGAGAAGGAGGCUGCGCGACUGCCGGGGUUUCGGAAUUCUGGGCAUCACCUUUUGGCGAAGGAUGAACAUUUGUUGAGUCGGUAUCAGUUGCUACUGCAGAAAAAACCUCCAGUUGUUGUUGCUGUCGGGGAAUUGAUGAACCGGUGGUGGAACCCUCCUGCAAAAACACCUUCUAUGGUGAGUUCCUUUAAGUGAGGUGAAAUCUGAGGUAGUUUAAAGGAACUCGCCAUAGAAAGGUGUUUUUGUAGGAGGGUUUUACCACCGAUUCAUCAAUUCCUUUAAGUGAGGUGAAAUCUGAGGUGGGUUAAAGGAACUCGCCAUAGAAAGGUGUUUUUGCAGGAGGGUUUUAUCACCGAUUCAUUAAUUCCCCAGCACCAACAACAGUUUUUUUCUACAGUAGUGUUUGAUUCCGACUAGACAAAUAUUCAUCAUUUGCCAAAAAGUGAUGCCCAGAAUUUCGACACCCCGACGAACGCGCAGCCUCCUUCUCCACUGGCCGGUCGCGGUAAGCAUCACUUGGGGGUUCGGAACCAUAAGAUACUAGCUAGGCACAAGGCUCGUCUUACCAAAGAGGAGGAUGAUAUCAUCAUGUGACUUGUUGAGUGUGCUAGGGAACAAGUUAGUUAAUUUAAACAUGCACUUGCUGAUCUUUUUAAUUCCUUCAUCACUGAAAUGAUUCAUGUUAUUUUUUUCCUUCUUUGGUUUGGAUCUUUUGUUUAUGGUCGAUAUGUUCUGUGAAUUGAUCAUGUAUCAUGGCGAAUACAAGGGCAAUUGUCCUUAAAGAAUUUAAUUUCGUUUUGCACCUAACUCUAAUUUGAAAAAAAUGUUUAUGUCCAAACAAUUUUCAGGUUAACUUGCAUUCGAAAGAAGUAUGCAAAUUCCGCCUACUUUCAUCAACAAACACAAGAAGAUGUUGGCGAAGACUUGCUUACUGCACACGAAUGAAGGGGUGUUGUGGGAAGCAAAGAUAAUGAGAAAAAAUUCCUAUUUCUUCAUCUGUGAAGGAGACUGGCCACAUUUUGGGGUGUAUCACAAACUGAGGCCAGGGACAUCUUGCUUUUCUUACUCGUUGACAAAUCGACGUUCCUAGUCGUGCCCUACACUCAGAAAAGUGGUAGAAACUUUCGUGGGAGGCAACCUUUCGAGGAACUCAGCAGCAGCUCUUAAGAGGAGGAUAUUGAACCUUCAACAAAUUCGAAAGAAUCAUCAUCAGACACUGAGGAAGAAAGCAUUGAUCCAUCCUGUUGCUCCAAAGACGGGGAAUAUCCUAGCUGCUCGAAUUUAGGAGUUACAUCCAAUGUCAAAGCUGAUGAAAUGAUCCACUUGAAGAAGAAAUUGUGGAACUAGAUUUGUUUAGGUGGCUUGUCAGUGAUCUCGACAACCCUAAGAGGCCUCUAGGUUCUUUCAUCGUUUUCAUGGAAAAGCUUAAGAAGCGGUGCCUGGAGGUGAAUCCAAACACCAAAUCUUUUGACGCUGUCGAGAAAGUUGGCGGAGACAAGUUGAAACAUAUGUCAGAUGCUAAGAAAUCUACUUAUAUAGCAGAGGCAGAUAAAAGGAGGGUCGAAUAUGCAAAGGUCAUGAAUUUUUAUCACCGGCUAAUGGCUGCUGAAGAAGAGGAAUCUGACAAGUCAAGGUCCGAGGUUGUUGCAUCCAAAGAUGGGGAAAAUCCUUGCUACGCACAUUUAGGAGAUAAAUCCAAUGCCAAAUCUAAUUAUGUAUUCCACACGAAGAAGAAAUCUCAGGGACUAAGAAGGCUUGCCAGGGAUCUUGAUAAACCACGUGCUUACUUCAUUUUCAUGGAGGAGUUUAGAAAGCAGUUCUGUGAGCAGAAUCCAAGCAUCAAAUCUAUCGCUGCUGUAGCGAAAGCUGGUGGAAGCAAGUGGAAGCAGAUGUCAGAUGCUGAGAAAGCUCCUUAUAUGGCGGAGGAAGAGAAAAGGAAGCUAGAGUAUGCAAAGAGAACGAAUGUGUAUAACAGGCUAGUGGCUACUGAAGAAGAGGAAUAUUCUGACAAGUCAGGUUCCGAGUUUGAUGACGAAGAGGGAAGUGGAGAGGAAGAUGAGGAUGACAACUUGUAUACUUUCUUCUUUUCCAGUUAGAUAAUUGCACUUUCAUGAUCGGUUCUUCUUUUUGGGGGUUUCGUAGGGAAGAAAAAGAUGGAAUUUAGAGCAGUUGCUUUUAAAGCACAAUAAUUUAUGUGCUUUCUAUUUAAUUUCAUACUGCUUAAAUAUAUGUAAUUCAACUGGGCUUUUGUCUUUCUUGGCUUGUAUAUGGAUUUCCAUCUAUUACUCUCUAGCUAAUUAUUGGUUAUUUUGUUGGUAAAAUACUGUUGAUGUUGA